AUGUCGUAUUGGGAUAACAUCGGCUCAUCUGUCAUUGGUGAGGGAGGCCAGAGUGGUGAUGCGAAGAACUCUGUCGAGGUGGACUGGUUCUCGAACAACCAUGACAUCUUCAGCGGCGGCAGAGACACCUUUCUUGUUGACCCACGUGAUAUUAAACGGGCCGAGACGGCCCCAUCCGUCCUCACAAUGUACUCCGCGGAUGGAACUCUGUGCGUCGGUGGCAGCCUGGAAGAGGAGGUGCCCCCUGAAGAGGAAUACCGCUACACCGAAGAGUACCAUUUGCUGUACUACUCCAAGUACCCUCGCGAUCCACGUAUGCUUGUGCCACUUCGAUCCUGCGGUGGUGUGAGGCGUGCGGGAGAGCCGGGCUUGCCGGGCCGUCGUGGCGUCACGGGGAAUCAAAAGUCCUCUCAAGAAGCUGGGAAUGCCACAGACAGCCGUGAAGCGACAGCGAACAACGCCCAGGAGACGGAAGAAAAUGCCCCCGAUUCCCCUGACAAGGGAACGGCGUAUGCAAAGAGCGUUUUAGACUCCCUGACCAAGAAGCAGCAAAAACAGCAGGAAGAGCAACAAAACCGGCAGCGAUAUGAGGAUGUUCCCUCCUUUUCAAGCAUGGAGGUAGAUGCAACACUUUCUGACACACCCAUGGGGGGCAGCGUCAGCCCUCCGGCCACCACCGGAGGCUGUGCACAACUCCAGGCCAACAAAGAGGCGGCUUCCAAUGGUGGCGGUCAACCACCGCCUGCUUCCUCGCCCCAGUUGUCGCGACGGGGCGGUGGAGCAUCGCGUCGGGGGGGUCAGCAUAGCGGCCCAAAUGCUUCAAGCGGAGGGGCAAGGAAUAAUGCACGUCGGCAGGCAAACGGAGGUGUUCUUAGCUCUCUUAGAGCCCCAGCAAAUGAGCUCUCCUCGGUGCGAGAGCAUCUUGAGGAGAUGAACCAUGAAUGCUCUUACGGUGCUAUUCAAGGUCGUGUUGUCGCUUUAAGCAAGGAUCAAGAAGGCAGUCGCUUCGUUCAGCGCCUUCUGGAGGAGGAGCAGAACGUGGCUAGUAUUUUCGCCGAGGUUCUUCCUAGUACAUGUGAGUUAAUGGUUCAUGUGUUUGGCAACUAUGUAUUGCAGAAGUUGUUGGAUGUGCUUCCAGCGAAAAGUGAAAUGUUCAAGCAGCUUUUUGAAAAGGUAAGUGGACGACUGAAGGAGUAUUCAUUCCAUACUUAUGGUUGCCGCGUCAUACAGCGUUUCCUGGUGAAGGCAUCCCCUGAAAUACGAGAGAAUAUACUUGUUGAAUUGAAGGACUGUAUCGUGGACUGCGUUUUUGACCAAAAUGCCAAUCACGUGGCACAAAAGAUUAUAGAGGUUAUGCCAGAAAAGACACAGUUUAUGAAUGAGGCCUUCUUGCCUGCUCUGAAGGCGUUGUCUCGCCAUCCGUACGGGUGUCGUGUACUACAGUGCGUUUUUGAGAAAUGUUCCCCGGUUCCCGAGGUAAAUAUACGCCCACUCUUGGAAGCAGUUUUGGAGCAUGUGCAUGAGUAUGUCAUGGAUCAGUAUGGUAAUUACGUUGUACAGCAUGCAUUGCUCAACGCCCCCGAAGAUCUUCGCAAACGGUUUGUAGAAUUUCUCAUUCCUCACGUGUACGCCUUGUCGUGUAGCAAGUUCGCUUCCAACGUGGCCGAGAAAACUAUUGUGAAGGCAAACAAGGAUGAGCUGCAACAAAUUGUGGAUAUCCUCACGCGUCCACCAGGUGGGGCUGAAGAUGGAAGUUGCCUCGUUCUUAUGAUGCAAGACCCUUAUGCAAAUUACGUUGUACAACGCCUUCUUCAGGAAGUGAAUAAGCAACAACAGCAACACAUUGCCGAGCAAACACGAAGACACCUUUCAAAUAUCCGUCGUUCAGUCUAUGGUCAACAUCUUGUUCAAAAAAUGGAAAACAUGGGCAUGUUUUCAUGGAUAGAAGGUGAAGUAUGCAAUAAUCCUGUGUAUCAUGAGCAAACUGCCAUGGGAUGUGUGUCAAAUCGGAAAAUUCGUGGACCCCUGGGGCUUCGCAAUGGUGCACGUGGCGUUUCAGCACCUCAAAGUGCCUAUGUAACGCCAAUAGAAUCAUCACUUGCCACUGCCAAUUCAUAUCGGCCACCAGAGGCGUCUGUUGCGGUUGCCGGGAGAACUGUGUUGCCUUUGGCGACGGCGGGAUCUGGCUACAGCUACGGUUAUCUAGAUUCGCCAUCCGAUACCAUACUGGCACCAACUCAGCAGCUGCAGCAGGCUCCGCACCACCUGAUGUCUGUUCCUGGCGUGACGAUUGGAGUCCAGCCGUGCUAUCCAGGCAUGAUGCCUCCCGCUCCAAGGUCUCAGGUGAUGCAUACUCAGCAGCGUCAGUACCAACCACGUCAGGUAUUUGCAUUACAAGGACAACAAGAAAGCUAUAAUAUGUUGGAUUCGACAUCGAUGCCAGAGCAUCAGCAGCAGAUACCUCAAGCAAACCAGGUUACCACAACAAACGCCAUUUAUGCCAACGCAGGUGCACAUGUAGGCCAAACACCCGACAACAAGUGGGCAAACACCUACCAAACUCUCAACACCCCUGUACAACAGACGAUGUCGUGUGGUGUUGGUGCCCCCAAUUUGUACCCCAGCGUGGAUACGGCGCCGGCCUUCUGGAAGUGGGGCUGCGAUCCCGUCCUUGCCUUGUCUUCAUCCGCAGGACAGCAGCUGCGGCUAAUAUAG